GUGAGAAAGAAGCUCCGGUCCUUCUGCCCACUAGCGACCCAAACAUGAAUUCACGCACAAGUCAUCCCGCAGGACAGCGAGAAGACUAAUAACCUGUCUUUUAUUUCAUACUAGUCAUCAUUCCCAUUCAUUGGGCGGUCCCGCUGUCACAAUAGAACAUGUGCGUGGAAGGCGACGGAUGCCAGCUGGAAGCCUGCGGCGGUUCGGAUGAGGUGCGGACGCUGUCAGGCAGCAUGAACCCGCAGCUCAAAGCCAACCAAGACCUUCAAGUCUGCAAACCCGGACACAAAUUUCGCGCCGCGCUGCUCCGGUGCCGUUCACCGGCUGCCGCUGCCGGGAUCCUCAGUUUCGGAAACGUCCUCAAUUACAUGGACAGAUGCACCGUGACCGGCGUGGCUCAAGACAUCCAGAAGCAUUACGAGGUGUCUGACAGUGGAGUUGCCUUGUUGCAAACAGUGUUCAUCUGCAGCUUCAUGGUGGCAGCUCCCAUCUUUGGUUACCUUGGCGACCGCUUCAACAGAAAGACCAUCCUGAGCUGUGGCAUUUUCUUCUGGUCGACCGUAACGCUGCUGAGCUCCUUCAUCAGCAAAGAGUACUACUGGCUGUUUGUGAUCUCUAGGGGGCUGGUGGGCAUUGGUGAGUCCAGCUACUCCUCCAUCUCUCCCACCAUCAUAGGAGACCUGUUCACUAACAACAGACGCACCAUGAUGCUGUCUGUCUUCUACCUGGCCAUCCCGCUGGGAAGCGGAUUGGGUUACAUCCUGGGCUCCAGUGCCAAGGUAGCUGCUGGAGACUGGCACUGGGCACUGAGGGUGUCUCCAGUUUUGGGCAUGACUGCAGGAACUCUGAUCCUGCUCUUUGUUCCCGAGCCAAAGAGAGGAAGUGCCGACCAGAUGGGAGGACGCAUCAAGGCGCGCACAUCAUGGCUGUGUGACAUGAAGGCGCUUGCUAAAAAUCGGAGUUACGUGUUCUCCUCGCUGGCGUCUGCGGCCGUAUCAUUUGCCACGGGUGCAUUUGGGAUGUGGAUUCCAAUCUACCUGGCCAGAGCUCAGGUGGUGCAGAAGACUUCAGAGCCGUGCAGCACGAAAGAGAUCUGCAGCAGCACGGAGAGUCUUAUCUUCGGGGCCAUCACCUGCAUCACGGGCCUGUUAGGCGUGCUCAUCGGGGCCGUCACCACACGUUUGUGCCGCCAGAAGACGGAGCGAGCCGACCCGCUGGUCUGUGCCAUCAGCAUGCUGGGGUCAGCCAUUUUCAUCUGCCUCAUCUUCGUCGUGGCAAAGAAGAGCAUCAUAGGAGCUUAUGUCUGUAUCUUCAUUGGAGAGACGCUGCUCUUCCUCAACUGGGCCAUAACGGCCGACAUUUUAAUGUUUGUGGUUAUUCCCACACGGAGAGCAACAGCUGUGGCCUUUCAGAGCUUCACUUCUCACCUCCUGGGUGAUGCAGGAAGUGGGUACCUGAUUGGUCUGAUCUCCGACAGCCUUCGUGAGAGCUACGCUACGUCGGCACUGUGGCGCUUUCUCAGUCUGGGCUAUGCCCUCAUGCUGUGUCCCUUCAUCAUCGUUCUGGGCGGAAUGUUCUUCUUGGCCACCGCACUCUUCUUCCUGGACGACAGAGAGAAGGCUCAGAAUCAGUUGAGCCAGCUGUCUCGACCCAACACUUCGGUCAAGGUGUGAUCAGGUGACUCAGCAACAACAUCAACCAAAAGAGAAGCAGCAAACAUCAGACGAUAUCAUAUUCUUCUCACACAUGGAGGACACUCUCUAACGACAUGUGAGGAAACGUCUCCUUGGAGACGCUUGACAACUCUCAGCUGGUGGGACGACAACAGCUUACCUUCAUGAGGAUCCACUGAACCUUCACGGGGGAGUGACCCCGUGCCCCUCCCCCAUGUCAUACUACUGAAUGCCGACCUUUGAACCUUUCUUUGUGCACGCCUUGUGCAGCAAGUGCCAUCAUGUCGUUACAUUCCUCCCAGACUUUGCACUGAGCCCUUCCCCUCAUGACAUCAUCACUAUGCCGCAAGAAACACUAACACUUUCACACGCAACUUUACCAACAUGAUCUCUCAUAAAGUGCCCAAAGUUCAUUAAAAACACUUUUAUAUUCUUCACUGCAAAACGUAGAUGGAAUUAUGCGAAACACUUUAAUAUUGUUGAGGCCAAUACAUUUUCUUCAAAGUUCAAUUAAUUUCCUAAUUACAUUUUUAAAUUUGAAAUUGUAAAAAAAAAAAAAAAGCUAAUAAUUUCUGGAUAUUGUUUUAUAUUUACAAUUUAAUAAUUGUUUAUGUGUGUUUUUAAAGUUGUAAAAUUCACAAUUUCAUUGCAAUUAUUUUUGAAUGUCCAUUUGAUUUAAUUUUUAUUUGCUUUCUUUUAAUUUCCAGCUUGUUUUGAAUAUUUUUUUUUUAACAAUCUUUGGCGCUCACGUCUGCAAACAAACCAAAGUGAAGAAGUGAAAGCGAUGCAAGUCAAAUAUAAAAUCCAAAAGUAAUCUCAAACGAAAAUGUCAAAAUGUGCUUUAUCUUUAUGCCGUGUUGCCAUGGUUACGUAAACAAAAGUGCUUAAAGUUCCGUCCACAGCCUGUUUUAGAAAAUGCCACAAAGUUGGCUGUCAUUUUUUGUUUCAUGGUAACAAAUGUGUUGUUUUACACGCUCAACUUGACACAAUCUUAAAGAAGGACACUGGAUUACCUAUAUUUCAUAAUUUAUAUGUAUAUAAAGUAUGUUGUUUUUACUCUUCGGUUGUAUAUGAGACGCAAUACUUUUGUUUGUGGAAGCUUUUAAUCCACUUUGCCUUAUCAGCAACUUUCUCCCAUCAUGCUUGCUGUCAAAUGAUGGACUAAAUAGUACACAAUAUAAAAAAUAUAUUAAUACUCUUUUUACUGAAUACUAAUAUUGUGCAGUCCUGCAUGCUGGUCAAUGAGGUGGAAGAUGAAAUAUAGUGACGUUGAAAUAUACGAAAAAUUAAGAGAAAUUGUGCUAGAUACUUAAAACCACUUAAAAACAUGGCAGGCUGGGAAUUUUUUUAUUUUUAAUUGUUUUUUACAUUUGUAAGGAAAUAUAGAGCAUGUUGAUUAUAUUCAACAAAUUGUGUGUGUAGGGGCGUGUGUGUGUGCGAUGCUAAGUUUGUGCUGAGUUUGCACAUCUUCAACUAAACCUCUUAGCUUCCUUUCAUUUUUUCCAACACUACCAGAUUUUCAUCAAACAUACUAGCGAUAUGAUGCAUGAAUGCCAAUACAAUGAAAAGAAAUGAUGCAUCGAUGCCAAUAUAAUAGGAAAAUAUACAGUAGCUAUAUUAUGAUGAUAUUAAAAAGUGGUUGCAAAUAAUGUGUUUAUUUGUGGGACAACAUCAUGUAAAAUAUCAUAUUUUGUAAAGAACAUUUUCUUUGUUCUUUUUGUAUCCCAAUCCAAUCGUGUCAGUUUAUUUUUCAUAUUUACACGCAGAAGAGGGAGGAAGUGAAGGUCGAUGCUUGCUUCAUAUUUUUCUAUGUAACUAAUCUUUUUGCACAUGUAAAGUUCAGGGAUUUCUUUCAACUGUGUUAAAGUUUAAUUUUUUCAAGUCACAACUCAUGAAUUGACUGCCAAGUUGUGCUGACUCAGCACCUGCUAAAUCCAUGUUAAUCAUCUCAUCAGAAGUGAUGGUUUUAGAAAUUUCUUGUCAUACAAGAAUUAUGUACAGAAAGAAAUCUAGUCUUCUAUUUCUGAUGUUUGAGCAGAAAACACUGAUAUUCUUUUUAUUUGGAGGCCCAAAGGCGAGUGUGAACUAUUAUGAUUAUGAUUAUAUAUUCUUCAUGUCAACUGUGAUGCUUUCCCACCAGGGAUUUAUUCAAAUGUACACAUCUGUAAUUCAAAUAA